AUGCGCAACAAGCUAAAAGGCUCGUUAUUGGCUGCUAGUAUUUUGGCGAUUAUUGUUGUUGCCAUUGCAGUACCUAUUUCAGCUGUCAACCGACCAGAUCGUCGCGGCUUCAAUGGACAGCCGGGUUCAACGAACGGCGGAAGCAGCAACAGCCAUGGCCUCCCAGACACAAAUGAUAACGAACACAUUGAUGAUAGCGUCCAAGCCAAUUCACAUGUCCCACCACUUAACAAGGAUUUCCGCUAUGGCAUCGAUCCCAUCCGGGGCGUCAACUUGGGCGGCUGGCUUGUCAUUGAACCGUUUAUUACACCCUCCCUAUUUGACCAAUUUCCAGCAGAAGACAAUGUCAUCGAUGAAUGGGGUCUCUGCCAAAAAUUGGGACCCACCAAAGCCAAGGAACAGCUCAAGAAACAUUAUGAGUCGUUUGUCACCGAGGAGGAUUUUAAAAAGAUGCAAAAGAUGGGCAUCAACCACGUACGCAUACCGACCGGCCACUGGGCCGUGGAGCCCGUCCCGGGUGAGCCAUUCGUCCCGAAUCUGUCAUGGGAAUAUCUUUUGAAGGGUAUCCGGUGGGCUCGCAAGUAUGGUCUCCGGGUCAUGGUCGAGCUACACACCGCACCUGGCUCGCAAAACGGUUGGAAUCACUCUGGAAGAAAGGGGCCAGUGCGCUGGCUCAAUGGCACCGAUGGUGAAACUAAUGGCCAAUUGACGCUCAAUGUGGUAUCCAAAAUGGCCGAGUUCUUCAGCAAGCCCGAGUAUCAACAUGUCGUCCCUAUCUUUGGAGUGUUAAACGAGCCUGCUAUCUUCCGUCUUCAAAAGGAUCGUGCCCAGCAAUGGUACCAUGACAGCCAUGACGCUAUCCGUAAAAUCACUGGUGACGACAAGGGCCCACUGCUUACCUACCACGAUGGUUUCCUUGGUAUGCCUCCAUGGAACGGCUUCUUCAAGGACCCUAGCUUUAAGCGCGUCAUUCUUGAAACACAUACCUAUCUUAUUUUUGAUGAUGAUCUGGUGUCCAUGCCACGCGAGAAGCAAGCCGAAUUCCCAUGCUUUGCCUGGCAGCGUGAUCUCAAUAAUUCAAUGCGUGACAACGGUCCUACCAUGGUCGGCGAAUUUUCUGUGGCCACGAACGACUGCGGCAAAUAUUUGAACGGUGUUCGCCUUGGCACACGUUACGAAGGCAACCUAGUGGACGGAGAUACCAAGAUUGACCAUCCUGUAUGCCCCGACUGCAGUUGCAAAGGUGUCGAAGACUGGCAGAACUGGGAUGACGACUAUAAAAAGUUCUUGCUUGCAUUUGUUGAACGACAAAUGGAUGCAUUUGAGGCAAGUUACGGCUGGUUCUUCUGGACUUUCAAGACGGAGCAGCAUGUCAAUCCUCACUGGGACUAUUUGCUUGGUUGGGAGCAAGGGUGGGUUCCCAAGGAUGCAAACAAUAGACAGAGCUCUUGUAAAGAUGUAGGACCUACGCUGGAUGGCUAG